AGUGCUUGCUACUCAUGUUCCUUUGUGUUCCUGUGUUCUAAUUCAUGAGAGGAGAUGAGCACAGACUGUGCGGGCAACUCCACCUGCCCUGUCAACAGUACGGAGGAAGACCCGCCCGUGGGAAUGGAGGGCCAUGCGAAUCUAAAGCUGCUUUUUACAGUGCUCUCGGCUGUGAUGGUGGGUUUGGUCAUGUUCUCUUUUGGAUGUUCUGUGGAGAGUCAGAAGCUCUGGUUGCACCUCAGAAGACCCUGGGGCAUCGCAGUGGGCCUGCUUUCCCAGUUUGGACUUAUGCCUCUGACAGCUUAUCUGUUAGCCAUUGGCUUCGGUCUGAAACCAUUCCAAGCUAUUGCUGUCCUCAUGAUGGGGAGCUGCCCUGGGGGCACCAUCUCUAAUGUUCUCACCUUCUGGGUUGAUGGAGAUAUGGAUCUCAGCAUCAGUAUGACAACCUGUUCCACAGUGGCCGCCCUGGGAAUGAUGCCUCUCUGCCUCUACAUCUACACCCGGUCCUGGACUCUGACACAGAACCUCGUCAUUCCGUAUCAGAGCAUAGGAAUUACCCUUGUGUCCCUGGUGGUUCCUGUGGCUUCUGGCGUCUAUGUGAAUUAUAGGUGGCCAAAGCAAGCAACGGUCAUUCUCAAGGUCGGAGCCAUUCUGGGUGGCAUGCUCCUCCUGGUGGUGGCAGUUACUGGCAUGGUCCUGGCAAAAGGCUGGAACACAGACGUCACUCUUCUGGUCAUCAGCUGCAUUUUCCCCUUGGUCGGCCAUGUCACAGGCUUCCUGCUGGCAUUCCUCACCCACCAAUCUUGGCAAAGGUGCAGGACCAUUUCCAUAGAGACUGGCGCUCAGAACAUCCAGCUGUGCAUCGCCAUGCUGCAGCUGUCCUUCUCUGCUGAGUACCUGGUCCAGCUGCUAAACUUUGCAUUGGCCUAUGGACUCUUCCAAGUGCUGCACGGGCUGCUCAUUGUCGCAGCAUAUCAGGCAUACAAGAGGAGGCAGAAGAGUAAAUGCAGGAGACAGCACCCGGAUUGCCCAGACGUCUGCUACGAGAAGCAGCCCAGAGAGACCAGUGCUUUCUUGGAUAAAGGGGAUGAGGCUGCCGUAACUCUGGGGCCAGUGCAGCCAGAGCAGCACCACAGGGCUGCUGAGCUGACUAGCCACAUUCCUUCAUGUGAAUAGUGGGAGGCACGGACCAGCUUGGCCCUCCAUCCUCCUCCGUGGCCAGUGAAGACCAUGUAUGGUUGGCAGAAAGCAGAGGUGUCUCCCCACAAAGCUGUCCUCCCAUUGUGGAAUGUAAUCCAAGAGGGAGAAUGCCAUGCAGAGGAGACAUCACUCACACUGCAGGACAGAGCUUCUUGACUUCAGGCAGGUGCUCUGGAGAACUAGAGAAGAGACACUAAGAGAAUUAGCUUCGGUGGUAUGAUGCUUAUUCUUAAGGAAUCAAGCAUUGUUUAAAUUUGAUUAUGUGUGUAAUGCAAGCGGGCUAGCUCUUUCUCUUGAGAGGGACAGGUGCCUUGAAUCUCCUAACUGUAGAUAUACAGGAUCGCCCCAAUCUCCAAAACACCAGAGACAUACGUUCAUCCAUUCAAGUAUUCUGAGCACCAAAUCACCAGAAAAGCCUGUGGCUUGUUUCCUGUUUGUUUUCAUAGCUGAUCAGUGAUUAUCUCAGAACAUCUUCACACACCUGUGUUACCUACCUCAUUCCUUAGAACAGUGGCUGCUUCCAAAUGUUGUGUAAUGUAGGACUGUAAUUUAUUGAAGGCAUCUUUAUAAGUAUUUAGACAUCUUCCAGCGCAGGGCUGCUGCGAACCCCUGGCCCUGACCCCAUGUCCCCGUAGGUUCUUUCCUGCAGCUGCAGUGGGCAGGCCCACAGCUCCUCAGAAUCCCGGACAGAUUGUUCAGUCUCAGAAGGGCUUUGCUGUUCACUCCCGCCAGUCCUAAGAAAUGAUUGCUCAUCGUUUUGACUUGCGAAAACAUCUCAUUAAAAUUAUGAUCUCAAAAUUA